AUGCACAGACGGAAUACGCAGAAAGACGACGACUUUCCGGUCUCUGACUAUGAAACUCAGACCUAUUCCCACUGGUGUAAUCGAUCCCUCAAGUUUCACGCACACCCUUCGAGUUCCCGCAAUGUUUGUUUUUCCAGUAGGCCUCUAAUCCCUCGGCCGCCGCCGCCGCCACCCCUCGACGCCAACCCAGUCGAAUUCCCCCCUCCUCCCCCGAUUCGCCUCGGCCAACUCGGUCAGGCACCUGAUCGGAUUAUAAUCCGUGUCAAAUCGGGGUUUCAGUGUGGGAAGUGGACAGGGGUCGUGGGUGCUGGACUUGGACGGUUGAAACAAUAA